AUGUUCACGGAGGUAGCGUCGCUGGUUGCCGAGUUUGUGGUCCCCGGAGUGGGCGAGGUCGUCGUCGCUGCCCUCGGCACUGUGGGGAAGCUGGUGACGGAGAUGAAGGAGAACGAGGAAAUGUGCAAGCGCGUGCUCAAGCGCAUGACGUCCGUGCACAAGGAGCUGCUGAGGCUCAAGGACGACAAGGUGCUUCGAGAGCAAAACGAGACUCACGAGGAGAUCCAGGACUUCCACUUGCGCAUGGACGACCUCUUCAAGCUGCUGAACCUGACCCACAUCGCGGAGAUGUCGAAGUGGAAGCAAGAGUGGGAGGAGGACAAGAAGCUCGCCAUGCAGGAGAGAGCGGACAUCCUGGCCAACAACCAGGCGAUGAAGGAGGAGAUCCACAGAAUGGGGAACAAGAUCGAGGAGGGGAUCGCGCAGCUUGUGCCUUACAACAAGGUGGUGUCUCUGUCCAAGGCAAAGGUGCCGGUGGUUCCUGCGUGGUAUAUCCCCAGGGACGAGGUGGACUUCGAUCUUCAAGAAUGUUUCGACUUGGGCUUCUACGGCUCCGUCCAAACGAACCCGAUAAUGCUCGAGACCGAGGGCUUGGACGUGCAUCUGGCUAAUGUUGACAACCAACAAGUGCCAGUGGAGGUCGAGACUGCGGAUGUGCUCGUAUUGUACAGCGAGUAUGCCCAUCGAGUUCAACUUUUGCGGUAACUGCAGCGAGCCCCCAUCUUCAUAUCCUGCAGCAGCGAUCGUAACUAAGCGAUCAUGUGGAAGUUGUAGUGGGGAUGUUUUGUCGACCGAUCACUUCUGCCGUCAUUGCGGGCAAGAUCUGAGCGCUGCCGAUGUCU